ACCUGACGGAAGUACAACCAACAAUUUACAAAUAAAAACAACAUACACAAUGGCCGGGCCAAACUCCAAAAAGCGAAAUCGCCAAGAUAUCAAUUCGAAAUCGAAGUCGCAGAGGCCAAAUAAGAAACAGAAGAAGGUUCCUCAGUACCACAGCGACUCGGAUGAAGAGGGCGACAAUUCCGAGUUCAAGCCUGUAAAUCUCCUCGAUUCGGACGACGAUGACUUCGACAAUAUCGCAGUAGACGAUGUUCCUUCCGGAUCAGAUUCAGACUCCGGAUCGGAUUCGGAGUCAGAGAUUGAUCUAGCGCGCACAAAACUUGCUACAAAACAACGGAAGACGUCAACGAAGAAACAUGCCAGCGAUGCGCCCAAAGGCGAUGGCUCAGGAGACGAAUUAGAAGGCAGCGAAGACGAGUACGAAGAUGUGGAUGAAGAUGAGGAUGAAGAGGAUGGAGGCACAGACUCCGACGGCGACCGAUCAACUACCAAAAAGACCAAAUCAAAACGCAACGACCCAGACGCCUUCGCGACGUCCAUGUCGAAGAUCCUAUCCACCAAGCUGUCCAACACGCGGCGCGCAGACCCGGUCCUCUCGCGCAGCGCCGAAGCCCACCAAGCCGCCAAAGACGCCGUCGACAGCGCGUUAGAGGCCAAGGCACGGAGACACAUGCGCGAGCAGAAGCGCCUGGCGCAAGAGAAAGGCCGGGUCAAAGACGUACUCGUCGGUAUCGUGGACGAAGAGACUGGUGUGCCGGAGACAACUACGCAGGAGAUCCAGCAGACGGAGAAACGGCUGAAGAAGGUUGCGCAUAGGGGUGUUAUCAUGCUGUUUAGAGCUGUCAGGGAAGCGCAGGAGAGAGCGGCUGACGCUGACAGGGACGCGAGGAAGGAUGGUAUAGUGGGUGUGCAGAGGCGGCAGGAGAAGGUCAACGAGAUGAGCCGGCAGGGUUUCCUCGAUCUCAUUGCUGGAGGUGGCGGCAAGUUGAAGAAAGGCGCAUUGGAGGAGGCUUGAGUUCCCCGUAUGCGCAUAUACAUAAUGUAGACUUUGAACACUGGAUGACACCGGAUGACAUGGAAUGAUACCAAAAUACUUCAUGA